AUGGGGUUACGCAACUUCACCUGUUUUGGAAACCUUCGAUUACGCGCGGUCGUCGUGGUAACCAAGUUUCAAACACAAGAUUUUCAUAGUUGUAUCAGAUUACAAAUAAUGCCUCUUUUUCGUAGUAAAUUUCAACCAAAAAAAUGCCCUGCAAGAAAAACGUCCACUGUUUCAAAUCUCAGACGGAACAUGGAUGCGCUACAACUGGAGAGAGAAUUUAGCAUUCAAAUAGACAAGGUGAAACUGGAUCUUGGAGAAAACCAACAGUUUGAAUUUAAUUCUGAAAACGCCAAGUGGGUUUCAAUCAGCACCGCUCCCAAUGCCAAAGCAAAAUCAAGCACUUUACUUCAGAAACUUGAAGGAGAAAACAAUUAUCUAAAAAUUCAAGCAGAUUUGCUGUUGACUAUGCUGACAGAAACAGCCUUAGAAGCUCAUUUAAACUCACUGGACGUACCUGAUGAAACCACCACCGAAACCAAGAGUUCGAAGAAGAGUUCCUUUAGAGGACGAAAGUUAUUUUAAUACACUUUCAGCUCUGGAAACUGAAGCAAAUAUAAUUUUGUGUGAAACCCUAAAAAUCAAACAUUUUAAUUUGUGGAAUUUAUAAUCAUUCAUUCCUUGAAUAUACUGUAUUUACACUGG